GCACUGCACAUUUUGUAUGUCUCCACCAAUGAGCUGAGCUGAAUCAGGUGUAUUAGAUGCGGGAGACAUACAAAAUGCUCAGGACUGGGGGUACUCCAGGACAGGUUUAAGAACCACUGUGCUAACCUUUCAGAUUUUGCUUCCUCCCAUUAAAACAGUAGGUAGUAAAAAACAAACAUUGAUGUGUCCAUGCGCAGUAAACCCUGGUCGGACAAUUACGGGUAUAAUAAAAUGUCAGGACACCCCUAAUUCAGUUACAUAACUGUUGAUAAUCCCCAUAGAAAUGCAUAUUUUAAUUAAACCCCAUGAGACAGGCAGCAGGUGAAUAAACUGACGUUAGAAGGAGGGAGUCACAUAUAAACUCCUCCUCACUGUUAAACUGCGGAUAAAUUACAGGCUAAAUUACUCCAGAUCUAAUAAACCAAACUUUCACCUUCAAGGAUCCUUCCAUAGCAGGUAUUGUUGAAGUGAAAAACCCUUAAACUUUAUUGAUUUAAAGAUGGUGGUUUUACUACUGAAACGUCACCGCUACUUGACCACACUCGUGAGCUCCAUCAUCUUGUUACUUCUGUACUUUCAAAACUCUUUGUUGAUUUUAUCUGAGAGAUCUCCUUGUGCUUGCCACAUCUGCGUUUCGGACAGAAAAAAAAGUGACUGGUUUAGAGAGCGAUACAACCCCAACGUACCACUUCUGCUUAACAGCACCAACAGUGUAUUGCAUGCAGACGUCUCCAGGUGGUGGAAGGGUCUACAAACCGUACCAAAUACCAGCAGUUACACAAAGGUGGUGGAUCAGCUGUUUUCCCUCUUCCCCGACAAACAUCACUACUCAGACGCCGGUCCAGACCGCUGCAGGACCUGUGCUGUGGUGGGAAACUCAGGGAACCUUCUGGGAUCCAAUUAUGGGCCCCGCAUAGAUUUCCAUGACUUUGUCAUAAGGAUAAAUAAAGGCCCGACAAAAGGUUAUGAGAAGGAUGUGGGAUUAAAGACGACUCACCGAAUUAUGUAUCCUGAAAGCGCUGUGGACUUGGACAACUCCACCCAUCUGGUGCUUUUUCCUUUUAAGAUUCUGGACAUUGAGUGGCUCAUUAGUGCCUUCUCCAGUAAAACCAUCAUUCAAACAUAUUCCAAAGUCCCAUCUACAAUCAAAGCAAACAAGGACAAGGUGAUGGUUCUUCACCCAGCAUUCAUAAGAUAUGUCUUUGAUAACUGGGCAGAAGGCCAUGGCAGAUAUCCAUCCACUGGUUUCUUAACUCUGAUAUUCGCUCUUCACAUCUGUGAUGAGGUGAAUGUAUUUGGGUUUGGAGCUACCAGUGGUGGAAUCUGGCAUCAUUAUUUUGAAAAAACAUUGACUUCCUAUCAAGGUGUUCACGCUGGAAAAUUUGAAAAUGAAAUAAUCAGUCAGCUCCAAAAGAUAAACAAGAUUCUGGUUCACAUGGGUCGGACAUGAAGCAGAAACAAUAAUACUGCACAAUAUUACACUGGAAUUUUGAAUACUGCAUUUCGUAAAUUCCUGCAGCAAAGAUUUUCCUUUCAAGAGAUCAACUCUUCUAUGUUUAAUUUGAGCUCCUCUAGUGGCACUAAAUGAAACUAUGGUAUAGGCCUAUACCUGUUUUUUUGUUAAACCUGUCAGGAUGUUCAAAGGUCUGUGUAAUGAUUUUAAUCAAAAUUAAAUGUCACAUAUUUUACAACUUUCUGGAGUUUUAUUUUAGGUUUUGAUGUACUUAAGAAUAUAUAUUUGGAGUAUUAGUACCAAAAACCAUCUCAAUAUAUUUUUACAGCUCCUUUCUAAGGCGCUCUGCUGAGAAUAGGUAGAUUUCGGCUUGUCUAAUUAAUAUUCAUGAGUCUCUCUUUUAACUGGCCUGUUGUUUUCUGAGUGACACACGGCCAGGGCAACCACAGGUAACCACAUGCGAUAUGGGCAGAUUACCGGUUUCAACAUAUUUGAAAAUGUCAUGGUUUCAAAGCCAUUAAUAUUUUCCAU